AUGAAACUCAUCGAAAUAUCUCAAGGCACAAUUUAUCUUUUUCUUAGUGACGACGUUCAAAAUGAUGUGACUAUUGCAAACACAAACAGAUCAACACGUUAUAACCGCGUGCAAGGUAUAUCUGCACAUCAACAACAAGUACUUCCUUCUGUAAAAGGAAUUAAUAUGUUGUUAGAUGAAGGUUUUCAACCAUUUUUCUAUUUUAAAAAGCCACUAAUCUCCAACGCAUUGGUUUAUUUUAUUUCCGUUGAUACAACAGUUUGUAGUAGAAUACUGAAUAUUCCAAACUUAUCUCUCGAUACACAAAUGUCUCAUUUAAAAGAGAAAGCGUUACAUUAUCUACAAUUAACUGAAAUGGAUCCAGCUGCCUAUGAACUACAUUAUUAUGGACGAGAAUUGUUCGAUAAUAGUACUUUAAAUGAUAUUAAAACUCACUGCUCAGCUAAUUACAUAUUAACUCUUGUCGUAAGAAAAAUUCAAUCAACAGAAACAGCGACUUACAAUGUUUUUUCUGCUACAUUUGACGAUGUUAUGUAUAUGAACAUUGCAUUUGUACAUUCUCUACGUUUAUUAAUAUAUUCCAUUGUUGUGUUGUCCACGUCUAAGCCUGGUGAUGUCAGUAGCUUUAGCUGA